GCGUUGAGCAAAAUUGGUAUCUUGUAUUAAACAAGCGAGCGAAGGCCUUUUUGUUGUCGUUCCCCGCAAUGAAUUAGGUCUUCAAACCAAGUGUUUUAAGAUAAGCAUAAAGAUUCGCUCAUCCCAUCGCUGGACAUGGAUAUCCUGGACAUCGAUGAGGCGCUAAAGGAUGAUUCAUAUAUAUUUCUGGCGGAUAAGACCCACGACGAUGUCUCCAACAUAUUGCAGCAGUGGAAGACGAACAACCAGCCGCCGUUGCAAUUGCACUUGCAGUACAACAACGAGGCCUUCAAACACAAUUCUAAAACGUUCACCCGCCCAAAGCGUCGGAAUCUGGAUUUCAGCCAAAAUGGAGCAGGAAAUGAUAGCGGAGUUGGAACCGGAGCGGUCUCGGGUACCCCGGCCAUGCUUCAGUUGGAAAUUGGCGGUCUGGUCACCACGAAUAUGCACAAAUCCUUCCUGCAAGACACCUCGCCUCCGUCUUCCAUAUGCUCCUCUAUGAACACGGAGCGAAUGAACAAUUCGCUUAUCACAUCGGCGGACUUCACGAACCUAAACUUCCUCCAAUCCACAAUCGGCCUGGAGCAAGAGCCUAGCCUAACCACCACACUUACCAACCAGACGACAGAUAACAUGGGAAUGGGCGGCGGCUUAGGCGGAUAUACGCUAAGUGACAUGAUUCGGGAUCGCAAGGCGCUAGAGUCGUUGACCAUGUGCGAGGAAGAUGGCACCCUUAUCAAGGACUCGCACAUCGGCCAGAUCGACGAAAUAUCUUUGACUCUGAGCAAAACCGCUUCCGGCUGCAGUACUAUGGACAACAGCACAGACAGCAUGUCCAUCCCCUUGGCAGCGGAUCGAACGAUGCCCGCAGUGUUGCCUGUUGUUUGUCCUGCCCUGCAGCGUACCAUGAUUCUGGGCGAGGAAAUGAUUGGCGACACCACUUUUAACCUGGUGGAUAGCCUCACAACAUCCGCCCUGCAGUCAGAAUCUGUGUCCCUGCCAGUGGAUGGAAAUGCGACCUUCAAGAAGCCCAAUGCGAGUGCUGCACAGGCUGACGAGACUCAGGUGUUGACAGGAAGGCAGAUGAACACUACCUUCACUGAAGGUUGCAACACUCCAGAGGGCCGCUGCGAAACACCCGAGAAUAUUGACCGAAAGCUGGCCUUGCUCACCAUGGAAUCCUCCACCCCACUGACAACAAACAUGCGCUCCCACUGCUACCACAACAACAACAACAAUAAUAAUAACAAGACAGGAUAUACCCCCACCCUAAAGGGACGUGGUGACAUUAACCUGUCCCCGAUUGUUAACGCUACUCCGCAAAAACAAGUCAGUGCAGCACCAGGGCGACAUAACAACACCUUUGAGCCCGCGGUCAAGACAGCUCCAUUCAAUGGCGAGAAGUUCGUGCUGGACACAAUGGAGCUGCUAGAGCAGAUCGAACAGCCGCUGGAUGGCACCUACAGCCUGCAAAUGUCCGAACAGCACAAGCAGAUGCAGUGCGUCAUGGACUUGGCCGAGGCGGAGGUGGAGAUGUUGGCACAGCAAGGCGACGAGGAGCAAUUCGAGCACAUGCUUUCCGAGUUAGGAAAGGUCAACACGCUAAACAAGGAGCAACUAAAAAUGCAGAAGUCGUUGGAAACCAUCAAGCGCCGCUUCCACAGGGAUGAGCCGGAGUCAGAGGAACGGGAAGAGGAGCAGCCUCAGUCGACAGCUCAAAAGGUUGAAACCCCAGUUCUCAACCAGAGCCACUCCAGCAGCAACAGCAGCGGUGGUGGUGGCGAACGGCUGCUCAGUCGUCGAAGUCGCCUCUACGACGAUGUCAACCUGAGUGCUAUGCACGGCAGCAAUGCCAGCUCGGCCAGCGGCAGCUCUGCCUCAUUCAUCGUCCAACGGAGAGAUAUGCCACACACGGAGCAAUCAGCACCCGAACCUGAACCCGAGCCAGCGGAGGAGCCUCCGAAGUCCCAGGUGGCUACAGAGACUGACCCGUCCAGCUAUAAGCUGCCGGAGCGAAGGGAGCGGGAUCGGGAUCGCUUCAAGACCAUUAAGAUUUCAAAAGAGAUGCGACUCCAGCAAGAGAUUAUUGUGCCUUGUAUAGACGAUGAACCACAACACCUAGAGGGACAGCAAGAGCAGUUGGUGGAAGAUGUUCAGCACGAGGAGGAGGAGCGGCAGGGCUCUCCACCUGGUCGUCUUUCUCGUCGAGAUCAGAACAGCGUGUUAAACAACAAAGCAGAGAGUAAUGCAAGUAACUAUCUGACCUACAAAAAGCCCAAGGAAAAGAGCCUGCUUCAAAGACGCCCUCUGCAGCAAGAAGCACCGCCACCAGCGGAGCCGGCGCCUGCGUCGACUCUCCCCCAGCCGCGCUCUCUCUCCCGGCCUCGCUACAUCAGUGGUCUGCAAAAGUUUACCACGGUGAGCAAAGCCACAUCCGCCGGAGCCGGCCUAAACGCCACCCCUGCAGCUACUAUGCCAGCAACUGUCACAGUGCCGGCCACCGGUAGCGGAGAGUUGAAGAGUCCCAUGGGCAUUAAGUCCAAAUCGUUCCACAAUUUGUCCUCCACGAUGAGCGGCAUUGGUGCUGGAGCCCUGCCAAGACCCAGUUUGGGUGGUGGUCUACGUCGACCGGGUGCGCAGCCCAGCAAGCUGAUGAGCGGAUUACGCGGAGCAACGCAGACCCAGGAAGAUGACUCUGGUGUAUUUAAAGUGCCCAAGUUGGUCAGUGGACUUCGUGCUCCUGGUCUUGCUGGUGCCAAACGGGCAGGUGCAAAUGGACUGGCACGUCCAUCAUCGGGAUAUUACAGUCUUAGUGUUAAAACGGCUCCAGAGGCGGAAACUCCUGAGAGCCUCUCGUCAGCCUCCUCGCGUGGCAGUCUCUAUGGAAACAAGGACUCCGGCAGACCCGUAAACGGCGGAAAUGUUCCUCAGCAGAAUCCCCAGCACACUUUCGACAUGCAGGCGCUCUCCUCGAAGCUUACCCAGGUGACCACGGGAGCCACUGGCAUACCGAAGCCCUCGGGUUUGCGGCCACCCUCGCAAAUGAAGCGCAGCGGUCUGCCAAGGCCUUCCAGCAUUGUUAGGCGCUGAGAGCAGCAGAUCACUUUCUCCGCCGCCGAUUGUACGCCCAUGUCACAUCCCCCGCCUGAACCGAAUUUCCAUGUUAUCCCUAAAAUAGUCUAUCAUUUUUUGUACUUUGUGUUUAGCUCUCUUUAUCAUCCCCCCAUACAAGCUCCACUUGCCUAGUGAUUUCGAGGCACUAGCAAUUAUUUUUAUGAAUUAAUAUUACGACAAAUUAUGCAUUUAGUUGAACGAUACAGAAACAGAGAACUUGGCGACUUGUAAAACAAUUAGGCACCCCAUACAUUUAUAUAUAGAACAAAUACAUAACCACGAACUUUGCCUUACGAAUCAUAA